UGCUCCAAACUGCUCUGCACUAGGAGCCAGCGCACAGCCCAGCCAGGAAGGCAAACCGGAGCCCAGCCAGCCGGAGAUCAUCUGAUCAUUGCCCUCGAAACCAUGGAUUUGCAUCUCUUCGACUACUCGGAACCGGGGAACUUCUCCGACAUCAGCUGGCCUUGCAACAGCAGCGACUGCAUCGUGGUCGACACGGUGCAGUGCCCCAUCAUGCCCAACAAAAGCGUCCUGCUGUACACGCUCGCCUUCAUUUACAUUUUCAUCUUCGUGAUCGGCAUGAUUGCUAACUCUGUGGUGGUCUGGGUGAACAUCCAGGCCAAGACCACGGGCUACGACACCCACUGCUACAUCCUGAACCUGGCCAUUGCCGACCUGUGGGUGGUCAUCACCAUUCCGGUCUGGGUGGUCAGCCUCGUGCAGCAUAACCAGUGGCCCAUGGGCGAGCUCACGUGCAAGGUCACGCACCUCAUCUUCUCCAUCAACCUCUUCGGCAGCAUCUUCUUCCUCACGUGCAUGAGUGUGGACCGCUACCUGUCCAUCACGUGCUUCACCCACACCUCCAGCAGCAGGAAGAAGACGGUGCGCCGCAUCGUCUGCGUCCUGGUGUGGCUGCUGGCCUUCUGUGUGUCCCUGCCCGACACCUACUACCUGAAGACCGUCACAUCUGCUUCCAACAACGAGACCUACUGCCGGUCCUUCUAUCCCGAGCACAGCAUCAAGGAGUGGCUGAUCGGCAUGGAGCUGGUCUCUGUGGUCUUGGGCUUCGCCAUCCCUUUCUCCAUCAUCGCCGUCUUCUACUUUCUGCUCGCCAGGGCCAUCUCGGCAUCAGGCGACCAGGAGAAGCACAGCAGCCGGAAGAUCAUCUUCUCCUACGUGGUGGUCUUCCUCGUCUGCUGGCUCCCCUACCACGUUGUGGUGCUCCUCGACAUCUUCUCCAUCCUGCACUACAUCCCCUUCACCUGCCAGCUGGAGAACGUCCUCUUCACGGCACUGCAUGUCACACAGUGUCUGUCGCUGGUGCACUGCUGCGUCAACCCCGUGCUUUAUAGCUUCAUCAACCGCAACUACAGGUACGAGCUGAUGAAGGCCUUCAUCUUUAAGUACUCGGCCAAAACAGGCCUCACCAAGCUCAUCGAUGCCUCCAGAGUCUCGGACACAGAGUACUCGGUUCUGGAGCAGAAUGCCAAAUGAUCUGCCCUGCAGAGGCUCUGGGGCCAGGUGCUGGUUUUGAACAGGGCAUUGGGCCACGUGGUUUUCGAGUAAAGGAAAGUGGCUUUGGGUCUUGAUGCUUGAGCAGUGCAAAGAGGGGGAUGUGGUUACUGUGUAUCCUUUCUCUCUCUCAUGCCUUGUGGCUCCUGCAUUGUGGUGUGUCCUGACACUUUUGCAGCAGGCAGACCUGUCUUGUGCAGCUGGUGCUGUGUGUCAAAGCCAGCUUCAGGACCAGCUCGCCCGGAUUUCUGUAAAAUAGGACUUCCGAUGUUCCCUGAAUUUUUUUUAUAUGGUGAUUUGUAUUUAAAUUUUAAGACUUUAUUUUCUCAUUAUUGGUGUACCUUAUAAAUGUAUUUGAAAGGUAAAUAUAUUUUAAAUAUUGUUUGGGAGGUAUCGUGCUGACAUCUAUUCAGAGGGUGGUAGUUUUAAGGUUAGUUUGACUUCAGCUUUGACUAAGGAUGACAUUAAUUGUUAGCUGUUUUGAAAUUUAUAUAUAUAAAUAUAUAAAUAUAUGCCAGUCUUGGCUGAAAUGUUUUAUUUACAAUAGUUUUAUGUCUGUGUGGUGUUUUGUACCAGUGCAAGAUAUGGAACGAAAACUGCACCUUAAUGCAGUUUGGGACAUUAAUAGUAUUGUAAAGCUACAUUUAAAACAACACAAAACAAAACAAGACUGUUCCAGGCUGCAAAUCUGUGCACAAAACGAACAGUCAAAGAGUUCUCUCAAUUUGUAAGUUAUUAUUUUUAAUAAAGAUUUUUGUUUCCUA